AAUACGUAGAGUUGCGUGCUUUUUUGUGAAUACUACAAUACUCUAUCAUUGCGCAAUUUCCGCUGGUGGUGCAGUCUGCUGCUACUCAACACAAGACUGGCCUAACCGGGUAGCUAGCUGAUCACUUGAAAUGGAUGUUUUUUUAAUGAUCCGACGUCACAACACCACAAUCUUCACAGACGCUAAGGAGUCUACAACAGUAUAUGAGCUUAAGCGCAUCGUAGAAGGAAUUCUCAAAAGAUCCCCUGAAGACCAGCAGCUCUACAAAGAUGAUCAAUUGCUAGACGACAGUAAAACCUUGGGCGACUGUGGUUUCACUAACCAGACUGCUAGACCCCAGGCUCCAGCAACUGUUGGAUUGGUUUUCCGAGUAAAUGAUGAGAUGUUUGAGCCACUGCAUACUGAGGCCUUCUCAAGCCCCCCUGAACUCCCUGAUGUGAUGAAGCCUCAGGACUCUGGUAGCACUGCCAAUGAGCAGGCAGUGCAGUGACAGUAGUAACAGGGAACAUAAGGGGGCUGUGUUUGUGGAUUUACUUCAAUGGAGAAGUGACAACAAGGAGAUUGAAAUUGAAUUGAUAAAUGGUAACUAAAGGUAACUAGCUCCAUCGAGGUUGCCUUGGCCCCAGAAUCCGUUUCUCUCAGAAACUAUGAAAAUAUGCCUCACAGAUUUGCUUUAAUAAAAACCCAUUAUGGUUUCCAGAUCCUAUUAAGUUCUGACAUUAGAUUUUGACCUAAACCUGUUUCGCAGUCAAAAGUCAUAACGUUUUGAGAGAUUGCAGAAUGAAUGUGUGUGCACCGUAUUAUAAUUAAUUAUCAAUAUUUUUGGAAAGGUGAACGUGCAUGGGUAAGACUCCAGUGUCAGCAAAUAGCAUGAGCAGAUCCUAACUGAUCAUACUCUUUUUUUUUUUCUUUCUUUUUUUCCCCUCCAGACACAGAUUUUGCUGUUUACUUUCUCGAUCUUACUACUUGUGUGUUUUCUGUAACAAUUUGGUCUAAUCUUAUUUGCCAAGCUUUUAUUGUCAUUCUCAUUUAUUUCAAUGUUCUUUGUGGUAUUUUUAUGCACUGAGACCAAAGGCAGGUACCUCUUGGACAACUGAGGCUGUGAUAUCUGUUGCAUAAAGCACAUACAAGAGCUUUCAAAUAUUAGGGUUGCAUUAAGAAAAUAAUUAUUUCACCAUUUGUUUUGUGUCAGCAUCUCCACUGCACAUCAUUUGUUCCCUAGUAUGUUUCUUUAGGGCUGAUUAGUUUUAAUAUUUGGCUUAGCCUCUUUUAAUUUUACUUUUUGUAAAUAAAAUUCAUCUAAAUUUA